AUGAAAUCACUCACUAAGCUAACCAAAACUUUGAACACUGCAAAACUUCAAGGCAUCCGCGAGGCCGCCUUCCUCUAUGCCUUAACGGCGGCGGGAGUGGCCCACGCGGUGGCGAGGGCCUGUGCCCAGGGGCGGCUGCUUUCGUGCGGCUGCGACCCGCUCGGCUACCGCGCCUCCCACGACCCCCGGGGCCGAGCGAGGGCCAACAAAUGGGAGUGGAGCGGCUGCUCCCACAACCUCGCCUACGGGAUGGAGUACUCCAAGAAGUUCCUCGACGCCAGGGAGCAGGUCGACGACCUGCAGUCGAAGAUCAACGUGCACAACAACAACGCUGGCAGAUUCGUGAGUGGAGAUUAUAAUCUAGUU